AUGGAAUACAGGAACAAUGUGACUGAGUUUAUUCUCCUGGGACUCACACAGAACCCACAAAUGAAGAAUAUCGUAUUUGCUGUGUUUUUUAUCAUCUACCUUGUCUCUAUGGUUGGAAAUUUGCUCAUUCUGAUCACCAUUACAAACAGCCAACUGUUGGGUUGCCCUAUGUACUAUUUUCUGGCCUAUCUCUCCUUCAUUGAUGCCUGCUAUGCCUCUGUUAAUACUCCUAAGUUAAUUGUUGAUUCACUCCAUGAUAGAAAGUCCAUUGAAUUCAACAGCUGCAUGACCCAAGUAUUUGCGGAACAUUUCAUUGCAGGUGCUGAGGUCAUCUUGCUUACUGUCAUGGCCUAUGACCGCUAUGUUGCCAUCUGCAAACCCCUGCACUAUGCAAUCAUCAUGAACAGACGACUUUGUGAUUUACUUGUGGGGGUGUCAUGGGCUGGAGGCUUUCUUCAUGGAGGUAUACAAAUUCUCUUCAUCAUUGGACUACCUUUCUGUGGCCCUAAUGUCAUAGAUCAUUUUAUGUGUGAUCUGAACCCUUUGCUUGAUCUAGCCUGCAUUGAUACCCACAUUCUAGGGCUCUUUGUUGCUGCCAACAGUGGCUUCAUCUGUCUGUUAAACUUCCUCCUUUUGCUCAUCUCCUACACAGUCAUCCUUUACUCACUAAGAACCCACAGUACAGAAGGAAGACAAAAAGCCCUCUCUACUUGUGUUUCUCACAUUAUAGCGGUGGUCUUAUUUUUUGUACCCUGCAUAUUUGAAUACAUGAGACCUGCAGGAACAUUACCCUUUGACAAAGCAGUUGCUAUUUUUUAUACUGUGAUAACACCCAUGCUUAAUCCAUUGAUCUAUACCUUGAGAAAUAAUCAGAUGAAAAAUGCCAUUAAGAUAUUGUUUACUAGAAAAAUUCAGUCAGAUGACAAAUAA